AUGAUGAGACGCCAACCCAUCAAUUUACAAACAACUAGCAGGGGACAAUUAAUUCACAAAAAGGAUUUGGGACAAUUAAUCCACAGAAACGAAUUUGAAAGUUCUUCCAACGAUGAUCAAUGCCAAUAUACUACUACUUCUUUAUCAACUAAUCAUGGUGCUAGCAUUUCAUUGAAGUUAAUUAUGAAUCGUAAUACCUAUCAAGAUUUUAACAAUUCAACAAGAACUCGAAUUGAAAUUGAAACCAGAACAAUCGGAACUCAUGAAUCCCCAAUCAGCCAUCAUUCAUCCUAUUCCCACGAAAGAAAUAUUCAUUGCUAUGUUCACUAUUUCAAAUCACUCAACUAA